AUGGAGAAAGAAUUAUUCGUGGAGUCUUAUAUUGGUUUUAAUGGAAAUAUAUCUAAUAAUUUAAUUCUAAUUAGGAAGGAAAAAAAAAUAGAUGAGAAAAGUUAUAGAGAAAAAUUAAGAUGCAUAGAAGAAGAAGAAUUUUUAGAAAAUGAGAAAAAGAAAAAAUUAAAAGCUGUUUAUAAUUUAAAAAAUAUUGAUAUAAAUCAUAAUUAUUAUGAGCUAAAAAAAGAAGAGUUGAGAUACAACUUUUUUAUGAUUUAUGCUAUCGGUACUAAUAUAAUAAAAGAAGAUAUUUUGAAUAACAACAGAACUAUAUUUAAAAGUGAUGAAAAUAAAAUAAGUAAAUUAUAUGUUGAUAAAAGUAAUAAAUAUAUUUGCUGCUGCAAAGAGAGUAAAUUAUUAUCAAAUAUUUAUAUUUUCGAUUUUGAAAAUAAAAUAAAACCAAUUAUUUUAUCUUUACAUAAAUUCAAAACAUCAGAUAUUUCAAUAAGUAGAGAUGGAAAAUAUUUGUUAUCAUCAGGUGGAGAUGAUGAUAAAUAUUUAAUUUUAACUCAAAUAGAAAAUCAAAAAUUUAUUUAUAAGUCAUUAUCUGAUUAUUCUUAUACCAAUAUUUCAUUUUUUCAUAAAUCAAAUAAUUUUAUCAUAGCAAAACUAAACAGUAUCAAGAUAUGCUAUUAUGAUUUCUCUAAAAAAUUAAUGAGUGAAGAAGAAGUAAAUACAUCUAUUUAUAAAAGACAAUUUAUAUGCUUAGAAUUAAAAGAAAAUGAUGAAUAUGCUUAUUUAGGAACUACUACAGGUGAUGUGUUAAUAGUAAAUAUAAAAACAAAAGUAUUAGAAAAAAUUAUUCCUGAAAAUUAUCUAUUUAGUAAUGGGAUAAAUGUAAUAAAAAUUAUAGAUGACAGUACAAUUUUAACAGGUAGUGGAGAUGGUUUUGUUAGUUUAAUAGAUGUAAAUGAAAAAAAGGUUAUAAAAAAAACAAAGUUAUACGGAAGUAUUAAUUCAAUUCAAAUGAGAAAUAAAUCAACUUUAUUUGUCAGUAUUUAUGAAAAUAUUAUAUAUGUAAUGGAUAUAACUAAUAAUAAUCAUUAUGUUUUAUUAUUAAUUCAUAAUAAUUAUAUUAAUGAUUUUUGUUUUCCUUUUAAUUAUAACUACAUUAUGUAUACAUGUAGUUAUAAUAGUAUAAUGGCAUGGCAAUUUUAUGAUAAAAAAGUUAUAUAUUUAAAAAAUAUAGAUAAAGGGAAAUUCAUAUACUAUGAUAAAAAGUUUUUAGAUAUACCUAUAGAAAAAAGAAAAAAAUUAUGCAGAAUAAAUAAGUUAGUUAAUGAAAGUAUUAGCAACACAAAUGAAUACAGAAAAGAUAACUUGGAAAAAUAUGAUAAAAUAAAUAAAAAUUUAAUUUGUCAUAGUAUAAAUAUAACAAAAGAUGGUAAAUAUGUUGCCUUAUCUAUACAUAAUAAUAUUUACUUAUUAACAUCUAAAUAUAUGAAAAUAAUAUGUGUAAUUUUAAAUUCUCAUUAUGAUUUUUGUAAUAUUUUAUGCUUUUAUAAUGACUAUGAUUUAAUAACUGCUGGAAACAAUGGAGAUAUAAAAUUUUGGAAAUUUGAAAAUAAAAAAUACAUUAAUAUUAAUGUUAUUAAUUAUCAUUCAUCUAUAAUUAAUAAAAUUAUUUUGUACAACAAUAAAUAUUUAUGUAGUUGUAGUGAAGAUGGUUUGAUAACAAUAUAUAAUAUUGAAGAAAACAAAUUAGUUAAAAAGAUUAUUGAUAUAAAUAACACAAGAUAUAAACAAAUUUCUUUAAAUGAAAAAUAUGAUAUUUUAUUAUGUUGUGGUAAUAAUAAUAUAUUUAUGUAUUAUGAUUUGAUUAAAAAUGAUAUUGCUAAAUAUUUUUAUUAUUCUCCAUUUCACAAUAUCCUUUCUGUUGACAUUGAUAAUAGAGGAAAAUAUUUUAUAACUGGUUCUGAUGAUUUUAAAUUAAGAUUAUAUGAAUUCAAAAGUUGCACUUGCUUAUAUAUAGGAACAGCUCAUAAUGAUGUUAUAAACAAAUGCUUAUUUACAUUUGAUAACCAAUACAUAGUUUCAGUAUCAAAAGAUGAAAGUAUAAUUUACUGGAAAGUACCUCAUGAAAUAAAGGAAAUAGAAUAG